CCUCUUUGUUUUCAGUUACAAUUUUUUUCCAGAACUUUGCAACCCAACAAACUGAGACAGACGUUUUCAGAAUCUCACUUGGACUAAAAACAAAGCCGAACCCGAGCCCGGCUCUGGAAUGAAUUUAACCGAGCCCUCUCUUCUGCAUCCCAGUCGGGUGUCCCUCAGGGGUCCCUGGGCAUCUGGGACUCCGAGCCCUGCCUCAGAUUCCGAAAUGGGUUUUGAGCAGAGCCUCUCCGGAGACUGCAGCUCUCCCGACGGCCUCGGAACAGGAAACAUGAGGAGAGCAGAACCGAGGAUUACUCUGACACCCGGUUCAGGGGGACAGAGUCCGGACCUGAGCCAGACAGGAGGCCUGGGAGCAGCCGAUGGGAAGGCCGCGGGGGGCGAGCAGAGGAUCCGCAGGCCCAUGAAUGCCUUCAUGGUCUGGGCUAAAGAUGAGAGGAAGCGACUGGCCCUGCAGAACCCCGACCUGCACAACGCUGUGCUCAGCAAGAUGCUCGGGCAGGCAUGGAAGGCCCUCAGCGCUACAGAUAAGCGCCCAUUCGUGGAGGAGGCAGAGCGUCUCCGUGUGCAGCACCUCCAGGAUCACCCCAACUACAAGUACCGACCGCGCCGCAAAAAGACCACCAAAAAACUCAAGCGGGUGGAACCGGGGCUCCUGCUUCACAGCUUGGCGCAGGGCGGGGGGUUAGGGCCUGGCAUCAGCACAUUGGGUGCAGAUGGAGGUUCUGCCUACGGACAUCCAGGGAGUCAUCAUCAACACCAUCAUCACUCCCACCACCUGCUGCCCUCUCUAGGGCACUUCAGGGACCUCCAGGCCCCCGGACACCAAGAGCUAGAGAGCUACGGCCUCCCGACUCCAGAGAUGUCUCCAUUGGACGUUCUGGACGAUGGAGGCGGAGAAUCGGUGUUCUUCCCCCAACAUAUGCAAGAGGAGGCGGGUAUGGGAGGUUGGAGUGGUUACCAUCAUCACCUUCAUCAUCACAACCCGCAUUAUAGCCAUCACUACAACAACCACAGCCAUCAUAACUCAAUGCAUGCUGCUGCAGCAACACACAGUCAGGGUUCAGGGAUGAGUGUUGCAGCCAGCAUGGGCUCCAGUUUGAGUCCAGGUAGAAGCUCCAGACUUGAUCCUAGAAUGACUUCGGUCGAGUCAAAUAUGACGUCAAACAUGAGCUCUGUCACUUCAGUGUUGGCGGGUUCGGUGGGCUCUAGGUUAAAUCCUACACAUGCUGCCAGUCACCACAUUGCCUUGAGGAGUCCUGUUAAGUGCCAACCGCCUCUCCCUGACUCCUCCUCCUCUGUUUCCUACCACCAACCCUCAAUCAGCCUCCCGGAGACGAUCAAACCCCACCAAACCUCCCUGAGCACCGUUCCCGUCAGCUACUUCAGCCAAAUGUAUGGGAGCAAUGCCCCGAAUGCCCAUUUCACUCCUUCUCACCUGGGGCAGCUUUCACCUCCUCCUGAAACAUCUCCAUCUACCUGCUCAUCCUCCUCCAUCCCUCCAUCAACCUUCCUCCCCUCUGUGCACUUAGACCAUUCAAAUCCAGACUCCUCCAGCCAUUUAGGGUCUUCUUCCUCCGUUGAGUUCUGGUCCGAGGUGGACAGGCAUGAGUUCGACCAGUAUGUAAAUGUCGGGAGGAAUCGAGAGGAUGCUUACGGACUCGGUGGUGGAGGUUGCGGGGGUGGAGCCAAAGUCUUGCUUGGGCGCAGUAGCAGUGGCGUAGGCAGUAGCAUUAACAGCAGUGUCAACAGUCUCAUUAACAGGGACGUCGGUAGCAUUAUGAAUGGUGCUGGCGGGUGUGACGAAGGUGUCAGCCCUCUUAUAUCUGCUCUGUCUGAUGCUAGCAGUGCUGUCUAUUACAGCGCCUGUAUCACUGGAUAAUAUGUUGUAUUUCCUUGUACGCUGCAUAAUAUACAAGGUUUUGUUUUCAUUUGAACCAUUGUUAGAUGAUAGGGAAGAAAUAUGCCAAGAGGAUUAGUUUUGGCUCAUGCUUUCAAGUCAAGUCAUGGUCAUCUCUUCCCACUCUAAUUUUAAUGAAGACUAAGAAAGAAAUGAGCAGCUGGGGGAAAAUAAAACCCACAAUUUUGAGAGAAAAACAUGCUAACUGGAAAAAAAAAACAUAACUGGAAAAGAAGGCAGUCAAAUUAAAACUAAAAAUAUAAGUGCAAAUUGCUUAUUUUUAUAUUAAAUCCUUUAAAAAGUGCCAUACUUUCAGUCUAAUCGUGCUCGUGUCUUGCUUAACUGUCAUAGAUACCCACUUUUUUGUUAUAAAUACUGAAAAGAAAUGAGCAGCUGGGUAAAACUAAAACCCACAAACAUGCUAACUGGAAAGAAAACAUAACUGGAAAAGAAGGCACUCAAGUUAAAACUAAAAAUAUACAGAUUUUUACCCAUUAAAGCAUUCCUAAACAUGAUUUUAAGCAGUGUGUCAGCUCUCUAACCAGCUUUCCGUGAUACCUACGUGCUAUAGUGUUGCUAUUUUAGACUUUUGGGAGGUCAAGUAUUGAUAUAAACAUUACAAGCACAGAUAAGUUAUGGCCUAAUCACAGGAUUGUUUGUAGGGUUUGUGGCUUUUGGCACCUUUUUGUAGGCAGAAGCUCAGCAAACUCAGCAGUGUUUGCUUUUUCUCAGCGACUGCAAUCACCUACAAUUAGCCACUGAAAAAAAAGGGUCAGUAUUUAUUUAUCAUUAUUGCAUCACUCCACUCUUUAUCAAGAUAAACAACAUAUCGUCUACUGAUCCAAAAUGCAGAGCAAAUAAAGGAGAGAAGGCUGAUUCUGGGUUUAGAGGCUGAUGAUUUUUUAUUUUUUAAACUUUUGCACUCAAGGCAGAUAGACCGAAGGCAGCUGGAGAACACCUUGUAAUUAAGAUGUUUACUGAAUUAUCACAGUCUUUUAAUUGUUGGAGAGGUUUUUCAGCUUGUUAUCGGUUGUGCCAAGUCAUUUAGUUUCUUAUUGAAUUGCAAAACAAACCCCUAAGUCUUGCUUUUUUUACACUUUCUGCUAUUUUUCUACAACCUGUGUGGUUUAAUUGAUGCAGCAGAGCCUUAUGGUUGAUUGCAUAUAACAAAAAUGUGGAUGCUAAUAAACUGGAAGUAGCUGGAUAGAUUUAAUACCUGGAAAUUAGCCUAUACAGUCUG